UCUCCUAAUACGGCUACUAGUUAACGACCUUAAUGACAAAGCGUCCCUAUUGUUAGCGUCUGUUUACUGCGAUACCCCUCAUAUUGUCAAAGAAACAUAAAUAGGAAGUGCUGAGUUAACAUUCCUUUCAAGAAAAUGAGAUGGAGGAUAUUGGUGAAAAAAGACAGAACGACAGAUAUGAUCGUAUAACCGUUGCCUGUCUGGAUAUUUUCAGGCAUAUAUAAUAAAUAAAAAUCGGCAAUAUAAACAUUUUAGAGAUCAAAGAGAAAAAGCAGAGAUUCUUUGUAAGGUUCAAUAUGGUCUGUAGCCAGGUGACAGCACCUUCUUUGUGUAUACAGAGGUAGAGCUACUGGGCUUUAACUAUUUCCGAAAUUGAGGUGAAUCCUCUGUUUAUAGGAAUCCCUGAAUUCACCCUGGAUCAUAUUGUUUAAAUGCAUCCGUGCUAUAGGUUAUAGAGCAUCCUAGGAGCACCCUCCAUACAUGAUUGGGCUUAAACCACAAAGUAUAGAUACCUAUCUCCUUUAGAUUCAGAAACAAUGGAUGUAAAGGAAGGCCAGACAAAGGAGAAGAGCUUGAUGGAGUGGACGGUGGUGUUGCUGAACUGCUUGGCAUUAUGUAUUGGCACCACUUCAGGGCCAUUGUCACUCAGGUUUUACUUCGUCCAUGGAGGAUCUAGUAGAUGGCUGUGUUCCUGGCUAGAAACUGCAGGGUGGCCCAUUCUCAUUCUGCCCCUCUGCAUACUAUACAAAAGGCAACCAGAUGUUCAACAUGUUACUUUCCAUCAAUGUCUUGCUGCUUGUGCAAUUGGGCUCAUCACAGGGGUGGAUGAUUACAUGGAUGCAUGGGGAGUCUCUUACCUGCCUCUCUCUACAUACUCCUUGUUGAAUGCCACUCAGCUGGCCUUCAAUGCAGUCUUUGCAUUUCUCUUGGUGCGUCAGAGAUUCACCCCUUAUUCAAUCAAUGCUGUGAUUUUGCUCACCCUGGGCUCUGUCUUGCUUGCCUUCCAAACCAAGAAUGACAAACCCAAAGAGGUCACAAACAAAGAGUACAUAUUGGGUUUUCUUUUGACAAUUGGUGCAGCUGGGCUCUAUGGAUUAAUCCUUCCUAUCAUUGAACUUGUGUACAAGGGAAGCAAGUGCAGAGUAACAUAUGCUCUGGUGAUGGAGAUGCAGCUCAUAAUGUCAUUUUCUGCAACUAUGUUGUGCACAAUUGGCAUGGUAGUGAACAAGGAUUUUGAGACCGUUGCAAGUGAGGCUAGGGCAUCUGAUGUUGGGGAAGUUCAGUUCUACGUUGCUUUAGUGUGGAAUGCAAUCUCGUGGCAGCUCUUCUUCAUUGGGGUGUUUGGUGUCAUAUUUCUAACGUCUUCUCUGUUGAGUGGCAUCCUCAAAACUGUGUUUAUUCCAGUGACACAAGUGUUGGCAAUUAUUAUAUAUCAUGAGAAUUUCAGCGGGGAGAAGGGGCUCGCUCUGGCACUGGCCUUAUGGGGUUUUGCCUCAUAUUUAUAUGGGGAGUAUAUUAAAUCCAAACAGCCAGCCAAUGUUGCAGAGCUAAUGAACCAACGGAUUCCUAACCACACCUGUGAAUUCCCAGGAAUCGUGGAGCAAAAAUCUUUGGAGGAGGCUGUUAAAGAGAAAAACUCUAAUACUGAAAUUCAUACGGUUCAGAAAUAAAUAAAAAAUAUUGAAAUAUUUCAAAUGUAACGAGUUCGUACGG